AGAAAAUCAAUGAACGGUGGUUUUCAGCUGAACUGGUGCAAACUCCAGUGUGAUCACUAGCAUUAUUCCUGAGACAGGUGAGGUCAGCUGUUUUCCUAAAACGUCCUUUGUAGAAACAGAGAGGUCCUGAAGGAGAAGCAUUUCUUUGCUCACCCUCUCUACGACUUAGCAAAUUCCCAAGCCAAGAAGAAUAAAACCACCUCAAACCCGAACAGAUGAUAGAUCAGUAUUAAACCACCAAUAUCCCCUUAGCUGUGGAAUUACAGCUACAGGCAAGGUAAAAUCAACUAUUAAUACUCAGUGCCAAGACCAUGGGCCAGGUUCAGCCUCAAUACAAAACAAGGCUCAGCAGUGACUGAGCUGAGCAGCAGAGGCACCUUAAGCCCGUACGGAGAGUGGAGACGGCCGGGCUUUCCCCGCUCAGCGUUGGUGCAUCUGCCAGAGGUGUGCUCUUUGUUCUGGCUGAGCCCCCAGCGAAGCCGGCGCUGGACACGUUGCCCGCCUCUGUGCCGGGCUCAGUGCCAGAGACCGCUGCCACCGCUCCUGUGGCUGCCUGCUGCUCGCAUCCCUCCUCCCUGCCAGCUGAGCGAGCUGAGCCCCACAUGCUCUCAGGUAUCCACACUUACUUACUGAGGUGAAAUUCCUGUGGAAUUUCCAUCUCUGGAAGCUCCCCUUUCCAGAAAUGGCAUUUCAACACCAACUUCUCAGCAUUACCGUAGUGGUUGUGGCUGUACUGUGGCAGAAUAGGAAUUGCUUCUGGAACUGACCAAGGUCAUAAGAGGGUUGUGACACUCCAGGUUCAAUGUAAUCUCUUUGGGCACCAGCAGUAGAACUUGUCUGUUCAAAAUGGUUUAUGGUGAAUUUUUCCGCAGACCUGGCAAAGAUGCAGAACUUAUCAAUUUGAAUGUGGGUGGCUUUAAGCAAUCAGUGGACCAAAGCACCUUGCUCCGAUUUCCCCAUACCAGACUUGGGAAACUUCUCAAAUGCCAUUCAGAAGAAGCUAUUCUAGAACUAUGUGAUGAUUAUAGUGUUGCAGACAAGGAAUAUUACUUUGACAGGAAUCCUUCAUUGUUCCGAUAUGUUCUGAAUUUUUACUAUACAGGCAAACUUCAUGUCAUGGAAGAACUUUGUGUCUUUUCCUUCUGCCAGGAAAUAGAGUACUGGGGGAUAAAUGAGCUGUUUAUUGAUUCCUGCUGCAGCAAUCGGUACCAAGAGAGGAAAGAAGAAGGUCCUGAGAAAGACUGGGACCAGAAGAGCAAUGACAGAAGUAUAGACUCCUCUAACGAAGAGUCAUCCAUAUUUGACAAAGAGCUGGAAAAAUUUGACAAUCUGUGUUUUGGUGAAAUAAGAAAGAAGAUCUGGGUCAGAAUGGAAAAUCCUGCAUACUGCUUGUCUGCCAAGUUAAUUGCCGUGUCGUCCCUGAGUGUUGUCCUGGCAUCAAUUGUGGCCAUGUGCAUUCACAGCAUGCCAGAGUUUCAAAAGCUGGAUGCCAAUGACAGGGAGAUUGAAGACCCUGUUUUGGAAGCUGUGGAGAUUACGUGCAUCAUCUGGUUCACUGCUGAGCUAGUGAUCAGGCUCAUCACUGCUCCAAGUCAAAAGAAGUUCUGGAAGAAACCACUGAAUAUCAUUGAUUUUGUCUCUAUUAUCCCAUUUUAUGCCACGCUGGCUGUGGACACGAAGGAAGAAGAAAGUGAAGAUAUUGAAAAUAUGGGGAAAGUGGUUCAAAUCCUGCGGUUAAUGAGGAUAUUUCGCAUCCUGAAACUGGCCAGGCACUCCGUAGGACUGCGAUCUUUAGGUGCCACUUUGAGACAUAGCUAUCAGGAAGUUGGACUCCUGCUUUUGUUUUUGUCUGUUGGGAUUUCUAUUUUUUCAGUGCUUGUCUACUCAGUGGAGAAGGAUGAUGACUCAUCAGAACUGCACAGCAUCCCUGUUUGCUGGUGGUGGGCAACCAUCAGCAUGACCACUGUUGGUUAUGGGGACACUUACCCGGUCACGCUUGCUGGAAAGCUGCUUGGCACCCUAUGCAUCAUCUGUGGGAUACUGGUGGUAGCACUUCCAAUCACCAUUAUUUUCAAUAAGUUUUCUAAGUACUAUCAAAAACAAAAAGAUAUUGAUCCAGACCAAUGCAACAAUGAUCGCAAAGAGAAAUGUAAUGACCUACCUUAUUUUAACAUUAGGGAUAUUUAUGCAAAAAAGAUGCACUCCUUCAUUUCUAGCCUUUCUUCAGUAGGAAUUGUAGUCAGCGACCAAGAUUCAACAGAUGCCUCCAGCAUCCAAGAUAUGGAGGAUGCUUAUAACACAACAUCUUUAGAGAAUGGUACAGGAAAAUGAGUUGAAUCAUGUUCUCUUCCCUUUAUUUCUUUUCUGAUUCUUGGUAAAUGUGGACUUACAAACUUCAGUGAAUUUAUUAAGAGCAGUUAAUUCUCAGGGUACUUAACUCUCAGCCAUAUUUGGACAUUCUUUGCUCUGAGGAUGCCAUAAAAGCUUCAUUGUUUAUAUGAGGCUUUAAAAUAUGCCUCAUAUGGUGGUUUAGUUUUUUACACAACUAAUGUUAUGCAUUUUUGGGGAGAAAAAGUCAGGAAAACAGUUUAAAUGUGAGAUCAGUGUUUGCUUGGUUUUGUGGUUGGGUUUUUUUUUUUUGUUAUUGGUUGUUUUUUCCCCUGCAGAAAUCUGAUAGCUUAUACAGAAUCUGCUUUUAUAAUUUGCUGCUCUUCAGGUAGAAAUAUAUUACAAAUAUGUAAGAACUAUUGCACAAGUCAGUGAAGUUUUUACCUGCAAAUACACCAGGAAAAAGAAGGAAUUAUGUACAUGUAAAACUGUGCUCACUAACACAUUUAUGUAAUCUUGGAGUUGGGAACCCAUUUUCUAAGGUGGGGCAGAAAAUACAUUGCUACAUAUUGUUUUUACUCCAUGGAAGCAUAAUAUUUAUGAAUUUCUUUCCAAAAGCACAAUACAUUUUUAGUUUGUUAAAAUAAAUUUACCCCAUUGUGCCUA